AUGAAAUUACUUACUUCUAACUUUCUCAAGUGCUCAGUUAAAGCCUGUGAUAACAGUAACGAAAAUUUCCCACUACGAUACGAUGCGAACUGUCAAUUACAACAAGAUGAAAGCAUCGAUUGCAAUCCAGAGUUUCUGAUCAACAUUUUGGAAAGAGUGGAUUGGAACGCGUUGGUUCAAGUAGCAUCAGAUUUAGGCAAUAAAAGUUUACCACCACAGAAACCAGAAUUGUCGCCAGGCGAUGACUUAACAGAUGAUGACUUAGCAAUUAUUAGAGAUAUGCACAGUUUACUCAUCCAAACAUCGAUUGUUGAGGGCCAGAUGUCGUGUAGAAACUGUGGUCACGUGUACUACAUCAAGAACGGUAUACCAAACUUAUUACUACCACCACAUCUUGCAUAA